CUUGCUAUCAACCAGAAGUUACCGCUAUUAUUGUUCCCUUCCGUAACCAAUUUGCCAAUCUAUCUGCCUUCCUCAACAAUAUGCACCCGUUUUUGCGACAUCAACGUCGACGGUACACAAUUUUCGUGAUCGAACAGCUCACACCUGAGGAAUUCAACCGAGGCGCCCUCUUAAAUAUUGGAGUCAGGAAGGCCGCUAAAGUAGCCGCUUACUCUUGUUCCAUUUUCCACGACGUUGACCUCCUACCCGAGGAUGACAAGAUGAUAUACGGUUGCGAGGAUCACCCAGUGCAUCUGUCUGCUAAAUCAGUCACUUUAAAUUUCUCGUAA